AUGUCGUUCGUCUUCACCUCCUACUUCGAUCGCUUCCCAAGCUUUGCCCACAAUCCUCGUUGCAGCGUUCGCGACGAGUUCAACCGUCUCUCCAAGACCCAGAAGUGGGGCUUUGAGGAAAAGAACCGUCAGAGAGCCAAGUGCUACAAUGAAGAACUCGAAGGCCACUUUGCCAGUCUCGGCAUGGACACUCAGCUCGACCGCCUCAAGCAUCUUUGUGUUGAGGUUGGCCUUGAGCCUCUAACCACUGUCAGCCAGUGCAAGAAGGCCCUCAAGAAAGUUCACGUCAAUCUUGUCGACCUGAUGAACGCCCGCCGUACCGACAAGAAGGUCAAGCAGUUCGCCACUGUCAGAAAGCUGCGCAAGUACACCCUCGAGUCGGGAAAGGUUUAUCCCAAGGAGGAUGCCAAGUGUGAUGUCGUCAAGGUUCUUCUCAAGAACAUCUUCUUCCACUAG